AUGUCUAAUAGCUACUGGGAUUGGGCCAGCGACCCCCAUCUUCCACCUGUUGUGAUGUCCCCGGACAUCACGCUCACGAUUCCGGGCACCUCGUCCGGAAGCCAAGAUACUCUGUAUCUCGACCACAAUCCCUUAUACUCGUACAAGUUCACUUCUCAGUAUGCCAUAGAUCUCUUGCAGAAGGAGUUGAACUGGGACACUACAGACGCCUGGCAGGAGUCCAAGCGCUGCCCGGAUGCCGAUGGGAAGAGCAACCAGGAAAUAGCCAAUGUGCAAGUGGGAACCUUCCACGCGUUCAAGUUGCAGACGUUUCAGGCACUCACCGCAAUCAAUGACUUUGAUCAGUUCACUUGUCAGGCCUGGAGACACAAUGAAGGACCUCAAGCAUACAACUCUGUGGAGGGAAUGCAUAACAACAUCCACAACUACACCGGCACGAACGACACGGUUCUGUACGACAACAAUACCAAGCUUACUGGGAAUAUGACCGAUGUACAGGCCAGCUCAUUCGACCCAGUAUUCUGGCUUCAUCACGUCAACUGCGAUAGGAUCACAGCUCUCUGGCAGGCGCUCAAUCCUGACUGCAUAAUCAAUGAGUGGCCCUCCUUGAACGACCGCUACGUUGCCAAAGAGGGAACAGUCGAAGGCGGGCAGUCCAACCUCGAGCCGUGGCACAAAACCGCUCAGCACUCGGUGUCUGACUACUACAUUGCCAAUGACACCAAGGAGCUCACGAGUACUUUCCUCGGCGGCUACUAUUACCCGGAGACACCAUUGGAAUACAUCCAGGAUCCGGUCCAGAUGAAGGCAUACACUACUCAGAAAAUUUACGAACUGUAUGCGCCGGCGAACCUCCUUCCUCCUGCACUUCGCGACAGUAAGGGUGGGUUUAAAGCUCAACCCCCGGCUGAGAACAUUCCCGCUGGCGUUGGCGCCAACCCCCAAGAAAGCGUCCGCCACUGGCAAGUCUUCCUGAGAGUGAAGAACUUUGCUCUCACGGGCACUUGGGCGGUGCACAUCUUCCUCGGCGAGCUGCCGGACGCAACUGAGGAAUGGUUCCUCUCCGAGAACCGUGUCGGAACGGUCACCAUGCUCUCCAACCGUUCCAAGAAACAUUGUGAGAACUGUGCUUCUCAGGAAGCAAGUGGCAUCCUCGUUACAGGAACAGUGCCGUUGAACGAAGCCUUGGAAAAGCGGGGCGUGGAUGUUGAGAAUGAGGAUGCUGUUGUUGCGUUCCUACAGAAGGAGUUGUCGUGGAGAGCUGUUAAAGUGAGCUUUUUAUCGAAACUACCGUACAAUCAUACCAAAGCAAGCUAA